UGAACACACGACAGUGGAUUAUUUUCGAACAAGUUCUUGAUAACCGUAAAAAAUAAUUGAUGGUAAGAAUUGGAAAAGUCUUGGAAUCUUGGUAUAUGGAAAAGUCAUCGGGUUGGUCUUCAGGCAUAAGUUGAUAGAGCCGCCAUGUUUACCAUCUUCAUAAGUUGCUUUUUGCCUUUUUUCUGCACUGCAACAAAAGAAGGCAACUGUAGUGAUGGUGAUCACAGUAAGAUUAAGUGUUGUAUAAACUAUAGAGCGGUAAACGAUACAUGUGUUCCAUGUCCAAAUGGUUGGUGGAAAUUCAAUUGUUCAGAAAAGUGUCCUAAAGGCCAUUAUGGACAGAUGUGCGAAGAAAAAUGUCCUACAAACUGUACAGAAGCGUGCCACCAUGUACAUGGAUGCAGAUUUGAUUACCCAACAUCUAAUACCAAGAGCGCCCCUUCAUUUCUUCUCUCGACAAAACUUUGGAUUAUUGCGGGAUCUGUCUGUGGAAUGGUCCUUAUCAUCUGUAUUUUUAUCGGGGCGUGUAAAGCACGUCUCAAAAUGAAAGAGAAGAACUCUUGGAGACCGACGGUAACAACAUACAAUGAUGAAAACAAUUUGAAUAGUUACACACAAUCUUCAUCAACAUGCUGUGAACCACACAAGUCAAAAUCGAGUUUACGCCUUCCUUGUAAAGACUGUGCAAUGAAUCCAAAAGGAAGAGUUUUAGUUAGUGAACUUCCAAGCACCUGUUCAACCAUAUCAGAGGAAGAAUCACCCGCUUAUAUGUAUUCCUGUAUUAAGAAGGAAGAAGAAAUGGAUAAUUUUAAUGAAUCCAGUCAUCGUCCGUUAUUAAGACAGUUUUCUUCCUUUAAAAGCAAACCAAAAGAAAAGAAUUCAACAGAUAUUCCGUUUGACAUCGAUGAAAAAUACACGAUGGUGAAAGCUGGAUCUGCAACUGACACUUCUGCGUUGAUGAGCCCGGGACGUUUUACAUUGACUGAGAAUGAAAAUCAGGGAUAUUUUGUUCUUGAGCCCAGAAGUUCACUAGAUGGCGACAUGUUUCGCGAAUCAAUUAAUCUUGACAAUUUACCGCCUCCUCGUUUUAGCGUAUUAGGAACUGGGAUGCUAUAGUAUAACCCUUAAUCUUCAAUAAAAAAAUAAAUCGA